GGACACUGAAUAGCAUCCUUUGACAUAAUAUUACUGAUAAAUUGGCUUGAUAAUGUUUUUAAGUCUGAGCUUGACCUGUGUUUCCUCUCCUCGCGCUGUUUUUACCGCCUCGUAGACAGAGAAUCGGGACUGUUUUAGCCAUCAUCAUCACACAAGCUGCACAGCGAAGCCUUGUUGUCCGGACAACAGACAGGCUUUUACAAAUGACGCGCACCUGCCUGUGUUAUACAUUGAAAUUGCUCUAGUGCAUUGUAUUUUCUUUUUUUGUUUGUUUAAUAGAAAGCCUGUAUCAUGAAUUUAAAAAAAACCUCCCAUCUCCCAUUAUGGUAUUACAUCACAGCUCCUGCAUCACUGCAUACGUGUGUCAACACAACACACACCAAGGGAGGAGAGAAGCUGUGCUAGCUGGACCUGCACGAGCAUAACAACGCAUGGCAACAGCACGUGAUGGGACAUAUGAGUUUGCAGGUAAAAAAAUGGCAGUGGAGAAGCGCCUGGCAUUCUCUAUUGUGCAGUUCCUACGAGAUCAAACACAUUGUGGCGCUUUGAAUUCUGAUGAGCAGGAGAGCCUCGAAGUUGCAAUACAGUGUCUGGAGACCACCUUUAAGAUCAGCUCCAGUGACUGCCAUCUUGCUGUGCCACAGCCUCUGACAGAGAUAUUCCUUAAUUCCCUGCUCAAGAAUGACAAUAUCACCAUACCAGAGACCUCCCCAUCUCCAGAAGACAUUGAACGAGCAGAGCAACUUAAGAAUGAAGGGAACAAUCACAUGAAGGAAGAGAACUACAGAUGUGCGGUGGAGUGCUACACAAAGGCCAUUGAUCUGGACCUAAGAAACGCUGUGUAUUACUGCAAUAGGGCCGCGGCUCACAGUAAACUGGGAAAUUACACAGAGGCAACUGGUGACUGCGAGAGAGCCAUCGGGAUCGAUCCUACCUACAGCAAAGCUUAUGGCAGGAUGGGAUUGGCUUUGACAGCGAUGAACAAGUAUCCAGAGGCAAUUUCCUAUUUCAAGAAAGCUUUGGUAUUAGACCCCGAGAAUGAUACCUACAAAUCCAACCUGAAGAUUGCAGAGCAGAAGCAGAAAGAAGCAACUAGCCCAAUAGCUGCCGGAUUGGGUUUUGACAUGGCUAGUUUAAUCAACAACCCUGCCUUCAUCAGCAUGGCUGCAAGCGUGAUGCAGAACCAACAAGUACAACAACUUAUGUCAGGAAUGAUGUCCAAUGCGGUCGGGGGUCCUGCGGCGGGAGUCGGCGGACUGUCAGACAUUUCCAGCUUGAUUGAAGCAGGACAACAGUUUGCCCAGCAGAUCCAGCAGCAGAACCCAGAGCUGAUCGAGCAGUUAAGGAACCACAUCCGGAGCCGCUCCUUCAGCGGCAGCGCUGAGGAGCACUCAUGAUCCACUCGGCCUCACGUUUUUUCCAAGGAAGGGCAACCAUAUGGCGCGAUAACAAUCUCUACACCCAUUUCUUAAUGUCAAAUCCCCGGCAAAGCUGGAAUGAAGAGACAAGGAUGGGGUUGAAGGCACUUUACUGUGACUAACGGCUCUGGAGCGGUGAGAGACGAGGGCCUGGAGACUGGACCAUGAAAUGAAGAACCCCCACACAUCUAGGGCAAAACAUAUUGUAAAACACCUAAUCAUAAAAAAAGAGCCAAGAACGCAUUCAGCCUACUGACAGAACAUGAGUAAAUUCCUUCUUCUGAGCUUUUCCAUUCUGCAGAGAUCGUGUUUUAUAUGUGCGGAAAUUACUGCCCUCUUCAUGUUAUGAGUUAAGAAUCCUUCAGCCUAGUCGUGAUAAAUAGAGGGUUAGGGAGGAAUGUACUUUUACAGCAUUGCAGGGAACAUUUCAGCUUUUUUCUCAUACAACACACAUAGGACAUCAGGUUUACCUUGUUUAUACUGCAUCCUGUUUAAUAUUAUUUUUGUAGACAAAAUACGCUCCACUUGUUUAUCGGGUGAUAAAGACCAUUCAGUCUUUGAACAUGUGGGACUCACGUCACUGCUUUUCAAUGAGUACUACUUAACUUUUGAUUAAGACAACUGUGUACUUGUAUAGCAGUGUUUGCAGCCUGCAUAAUGUUGUUAUUGCACUUUAGCAAAAAUAAAUGUCCCCCCUUUAAGCCUAAUUGUUCAUUAACUAGUAACAAUGUAUUCAGAUUGUUCAUUUUGCAUGCUCUUAAAUCUGGUAUUUGAGAUCAGAUGCUUUAUGGAAACAAAUAGGUAUGCUAGGGCAGCACAAUGUUUUGUCUAAAACGUGAAUAAAUGUCUUGAAACUGAGCAACUACUCAA